CCGGUCAGCCAUGGGUUGGGAUGAAUAAGGUUGUGAUGUCAUCCGUCCGUUUUCAGCCUCUAUAUCAACCCCGCGACCCCCUCUGUCCUUCAAGCUCUUGUUUAAAUUCCUGUCCACAUUCCACUGCUCAUAUUAAUACCAUAUACACUCUUAAUCAUGGCCCCUAAAGUUCUCAUCGUCCUCACCUCCGCGGACAAGAUCCCCGCCAACGGGUCCCCCACGGGCUGGUAUCUGCCCGAAUUCGCCCAUCCCUGGGCAGUUUUGCAUGAGAAAACCGAGCUCACCAUCGCCUCCCCCAAAGGCGGCGAGGCGCCUCUCGACCAGGCCUCCGUUGAAAUGUUCAAGAGCGAUGCCACCUCAGUUGACUUCCUGAACAACCACAAAGACCUCUGGACCAACACCGUCAAGCUUGCCGACGUGGCUAACCGCGUCGGAGAGUAUGACGCCAUCUUCUAUGUCGGUGGUCAUGGCCCAAUGUUCGAUCUCCACUAUGACCCCGUCUCUCUUGGCCUCAUCCAAGCCUUCGCGGCAGCCAAGAAACCCGUCGCGGCCGUCUGCCAUGGUCCGACGGUAUUCCUCCGCGCGACCACCGCGCAGGGCGAGCCGCUGCUGUCCGGCGCGACGGUCACCGGAUUUUCCAACGAGGAAGAGGACCAGGCCCAGAAGACGCAGUUCAUGCCGUACAUGCUCGAGACGGAGCUGAAGAAGAUCAACAACGUGAAGUAUGUCAAGGCCGAUCAGGCGUGGGGCGAGAAGGUCGUCGUGUCCCAGGUUGCUGGCACGGGCAGUCCCCUGAUCACCGGGCAGAACCCUGCCAGUGCGACUGGUGUGGGGAAGGAGAUUCUCAAGGCGUUAGGACUGUAAUUCUUCAUCGAAUUGGCUUGACUUAUCGCCAUUUAAUUUUCAUGUUCCCUUCUUAUCGUUGUGUAGGCAGAAGUGUUCUAGGUGGUCCGGAUACCCGUCGGUCCCCGAUCGGGGUUGGUCGGUGGGGAGAGAAAUGGGGAAAUUGAUCCCUUAAUAUCAAACCUGCCGACGACGAUCCCCUCACCCCCAGCGAAUCAAGUUGGCAAAUUCAACUGCAUGGGUGUCCCGCUAGCU